UUGAUUCCCAGUGUAUUCCCUCUGUAAGAAUCUCCAGCAGGUCAGGGAGACGCUGGUCCCAGGCUGAGCAGGAAAAGGGAAAGAAGACAGUUCUGAGCCCUGAGACCAAAGAUAGAAGGGUGCAGUGGGUGUGUAUGUGGUGGGGAGAGGUGGGCAGGGGGAAACAGGGAGGAAUGGGAGGACCAGGAAAUGGUGGUUGUAAAAGAUCCUCAAGGGGUUGUGCUGGAAAUGCAAUGGCGUCUAUUAGAGAUGAUGUAAGUGUACCAACGAGCGUGCCUUUGGGGUUAGAAUCAGGAAUACUCACUAAAGAGGGUGCACAGGAAAAUCUUGAAGACUCCAUGCCAGAGAGCCUGGAGGCUGGCUGGCCAACCAACAUCUCGCGUGUCCUUAAGUCCUCCUGUCUCAACACUAGGCAGACUCCCGUUUCGCCCCAGCCUGUCUGUGUCUGUCCCUGCAAAGCCAUGUGGCUGUCCCUGGCGGUCGUUGCGGGCCUGUACUACCUCCUGCGCUGGUACCGGGAGAGGCAGGUGGUGAGCCACCUGCGGGACAAGUUCGUCUUCAUCACGGGCUGUGACUCGGGCUUCGGGAACCUGCUGGCCAGGCAGCUGGACCUGCGAGGCUUGAGGGUGCUGGCUGCGUGUCUGACGGAGCAGGGCGCCGAGCAGCUGAGGAACCAGACGUCCGACAGGCUGGAGACGGUGAUCCUGGACGUCACCAAGACGGAGAGCAUCGCUGCGGCCGCCGAGUGGGUGAAGGAGCGUGUGGGGGACAGAGGACUCUGGGGUCUGGUGAAUAACGCCGGCAUCUCCCUGCCCACCGCUCCCAAUGAGUGGCUGACCAAAAAGGACUUUAUGAAGAUCCUGGACGUGAACCUGUUGGGGGUGAUCGAGGUGACCCUGAGUCUGCUGCCCCUAGUGCGGAAGGCGAGGGGCCGUCUGGUCAACGUCUCCAGCAUCAUGGGCCGCGUGGCCCUCUUCGGUGGAGGCUACUGCAUUUCCAAGUAUGGCGUGGAGGCCUUCUCGGACUCCCUCAGGAGGGAGCUCUCCUACUUUGGGGUGAAGGUGGCUGUAAUCGAGCCUGGUUACUUCAAGACCUUUGUGACCAGCCCUGAGGCACUUUCUCAGAAUUUCCAGGCAGCAUGGGAUCAGGCCAGCCCAGAGGUCAAGGAACUCUAUGGAGAGACAUUCCUGGCCUCAUUCGUGAAGACAUCUACUUUAAUGAAGCCACCAUGGUCCGAGAAUCUGUCCUUGGUGACCGACUGCAUGGAGCACGCCCUGACCGCCUGCCACCCCCGCACCCGAUACUCAGCUGGCUGGGACGCCAAGCUCCUCUACCUCCCCAUGAGCUACAUGCCCACCUUCCUGGUGGACCUCAUGAUGUACUGGGGUGCCCCACGACCUGCUAAGUCCGUGUAACCCAAGACUGGGGUGCGUGGUUUGCUGAGCUGGGUACUGUGUGGGGAGACGAUGCAUCGGGGGAGGGAAAUAGAGUGGAGAGAGGGGACUCUCACGUCACCGGGGACACCCAUCCCACCUCAGUGCUCAUCUCCCUCCCAGGCUUCUCUUGGGAUAUGACUGAGGACUCUGGGGACAUUAGGAAGACAGAAAGACGUCUUUGUGGCUGAGGAACAGGGUCAAGGGCUCCCGUCCGUGUCCUGGUCCUUGAGCGGCCUGGCAGGUCCUCAUGACCCAUGUGCAGCUGUGAACAAUCCACACUUAGGGGACAAUGUGAGACACUGGGAGGUUUCCUCCCCCCCGUCCUGCCUCUGUCCACCUGUUCGGGUGUCUCCUUCCCAUGUCCAGUCUCCCUCUCCCUCAGGAUAGACAUCGGCAGGGGAGAUAAAGGCCCCUCUUGCCUAAAGGUGUAUGUUGACAGUGAGGGCGACCGCCAGCCUGACCCACCCACCUAGGUGCCCACUCAGUAGACCUUGGCUGGAAUGGGGUCUGGACAGAGGAUAGAGAAACCAGGUUUAGAUAUAUCUUGGAAGAGAGAAUUUCCACUGAUUUUUUUUUCCUUAAAAUUAUACUUGGAGGCUUCCUAGGUGGCGCAGUGGGUAAGAACCCGCCUGCCAAUGCAGGGGACACGGGUUCGAGCCCUGCCCCAGGAGGAAACCACAUGCUGCAGAGCAGCUAAGCCCGUGCGCCACAACUAUUGAGCCUGCGCUUUAGAGCCUGUGAACCAUGCCUAUUGAGCCCAUGUGCUGCACCUACUGAAGCCCACGCGCCUAAAACCUGUGCUCCGCAACAAGAGAAGCCACGACAGUGAGGAGCCCGCGCACCACAGCGAAGAGGAGCCCCCACUCACCGCAACUAAAAGAGGGCCCGCGCACAGCAAAAAAGACCCAACUCAGCCAAUAAAAUAAAUAAACAAAUA